AACAACCAUUAUAUAUUUAUUAUUAUCUCCACUAUAAUAUACUGUACAUAAUAAGAAUAUAGAAUCAAUAUACAUAAUACAUAAUAUAUAAUACAUAAAAAAUACAAUAUUCAAAUUAAAAUACAAAAUAGAUAAUCAAAAGAUAAAUAAAAAUAUAUAAUAAUAAUAAUAAAAAUAAUAAUAAUAAAAUGGAACAAUUUAAUAAAUUAAAAGAACAUUAUGAAAAAACUGGUAAAAAUAUUAAUAUGAGAAGAGAAUUCGAAUCAGGUAAUGGUGCCAAUAGAUUUAAAGAAUUUUCAGUAGAAAGUAAAAUCAGUGAUCAAGUUGGUGUAUUUCUUUUAGACUAUUCAAAAAAUAGAAUCAAUCACGAAACCUUAGAACUUUUAUUUGAAUUAGCAAGAGCAUCAAAAGUCGAAGAUAUGCGUAAUAAAAUGUUUGAAGGCGCCAAAAUUAACUUCACCGAAGAUAGAGCUGUUCUUCACACUGCACUUAGAAAUCGUGACCCAAAUGCUGUAAUUAAGGUAGAUGGUGAAAAUGUUAUCCCAAGUGUUAGAGCUGUUUUAGAAAAAAUGCGUUCAUUCACCGAACGUGUCAGAUCAGGCCAAUGGAAAGGUUUUAAUGGCAAAAAGAUUACUGAUGUUGUAAAUAUAGGUAUUGGUGGUUCUGAUUUAGGUCCAGUUAUGGUCACUCAAGCCCUCAAAAGCUAUGCCAAUGAUAAAGAGAUGAGAGCUCAUUUUGUUUCAAAUAUCGAUGGUACUCAUUUAGCUGAAACUGUUAAAUGUCUCAAUGCCGAAACUACUCUUUUCAUCGUUGCCUCAAAGACUUUUACCACUCAAGAAACUAUUACAAAUGCUCAAUCUGCUCGUCAAUGGUUCAUCGACCAAUUACCACAAGGUACUGAUCAAAAACAUGCCAUUGGUCAACACUUUGUUGCACUUUCAACUAAUGAAACUGAGGUUACCAAGUUUGGUAUUCUCAAAGAAAAUAUGUUCGAAUUUUGGGAUUGGGUCGGUGGAAGAUACUCUGUUUGGUCUGCUAUUGGUCUUUCAGUUGCUCUCUAUAUUGGUAUGGAUAAUUUUGAAAACCUCCUUGAAGGUGCCUAUCAUAUGGACAAACAUUUCCUUAACACUCCAUUAGAAAAGAAUUUACCAGUCAUUCUUGCCCUCCUUGGUAUUUGGUAUAACAACUUUUUUGAUUGUCAAACCCAUGCUAUUCUUCCAUACGACCAAUAUCUCUCACGUUUCCCAGCCUACUUCCAACAAGGUGAUAUGGAAAGUAAUGGUAAAAGUGUUCAAAGAAAUGGCCAAAGAGUUUCACAUUCAACUGGACCAAUUAUUUGGGGUGAACCUGGUACAAAUGGUCAACAUGCUUUCUAUCAACUCAUUCAUCAAGGUCAAAAGAUUAUUCCAUGUGAUUUCAUUGCAUCAGUUGAAUCACACAACCCAUUAGGUAAACACCAUCAAAUUCUUUUAAGUAAUUUCUUUGCUCAAACUGAGGCACUCAUGAAAGGCAAGAAUCACGAUGAAGUUGCUGCUGAACUCAAGAAAGAAGGUUUAUCUGAAGAAAGAAUUAAAGAAAUAUUACCACAUAAAAUUUUCGAUGGUAAUCGUCCAACAAACUCCAUUAUGAUGCACAAAUUAACUCCACACAGCCUUGGCUCCUUAAUUGCCCUCUACGAACACAAAAUCUUUGUUCAAGGUAUCAUUUGGAAUAUUAAUAGUUUUGAUCAAUGGGGUGUAGAACUUGGUAAACAAUUAGCCAAAUCAAUUCUUCCAGAACUCUCAAACAACUCUCCAAUUUCAUCCCAUGAUUCCUCCACAAAUGGUUUAAUUAAUUUUUAUAAAUCAAAUUCAAAAUUAUAAAUAAAAAAAUAAAAUUUUAAUAUUUAAAGGUUCAAUUAAAGAUAUUUAAUAACUAAUUAAUAAAACUAAAGGUUUAAAGUUAAUUUAAUU